AUGGAUGAAGGAGUUUUUUAAAUUCAUCUGUAAAUGUGUGAAGAAUAAUUCAAAAAUUAAAAUUUAAUUGAACAAGAAUGUGAAUAAUGUGGUAAAAUCAUUAUUAAAUUUUACAUAAAUGAUCAUUUAGAUAUUUGCGAAGGUAAUUUUUGGAUUUAGGUUAAAUGUCCAUAUUGUUCUUUAGCAUUCUUAAAAGCUGAUCUAAAAAAUCAUAUUUCUUAAUGUACUACAUUUCAAUAAUAAUAAAUCAAAGAACAAUAGGGAGUUGUAAAUUGCACAAUAUGUUUAGAAGAUAUUGAAGAAAAUAAAAUAUAAUUAGAUUGUUCUCACUUUUUCCAUAAAGAUUGCAUAAAUAAUUGGAUUUAAAAAUAGAAUAAAUGUCCGGUAUGCAAAAAAAGACAUAAUAUUAUAUCAUGA